AUUAAAGUCUGGAAUUUCAAAUAAAGUGCUAUCUACAAUUUUCAACAUAUCAAGAUCAAGUUUACGCCGAGCCAUUUCAUGUGUCAGACAAGCUUUAGUUCAGAAUUUCGUACCUCAAAAUUUGGGUUUUAAACACAUCAGCCAUGAUGAUGUCGUUAAUCAGCACACACGACCACUAGCUCAGACUUUAUUUGGGGAUGGAACAAACACACAGGCUAUAUUAGUGCUGGAUGGCACGUACAUCUAUAUCCAGAAAAGUGGAAACUUUCAUUUUCAAAGAAGGUCAUAUAGCUUACACAAGGGACGACCGCUGGUUAAACCAAUGGUAGUUGUUACUACUACAGGGUACUUUGUGACUGUUUUGGGACCAUACUUUGCCGACUGCAAAAAUAAUGAUGCGGCAAUCCUCAAACAUAUGUUAAACACAAAUGUAGAAGAUAUCAAAGAAUGGGUGCAAGACAAUGAUGUGUUUGUAGUUGAUAGAGGAUUCAGGGACUCAUUGGAGCUUCUUGAUGAUUUGGGGAUAAAGUCACAGAUGCCAAGUUUUUUAACGAAAGGUCAAAAACAGAUGACAACAGAUGAAGCCAAUGCAAGCAUAUUAGUUACUAAGGUCCGAUGGGUAGUAGAGUCUGCUAAUGCAAGAAUCAAGAGAUGGAAGUAUCUGAGCCAUGUUUUACCAAAUAAACAAGUUCCAUAUAUCGGAGAUUAUGUUUGCAUUGUAUGUGGAAUAUCAAAUAAAUAUUUGCCGCCGUUGUCUCCAGGAUGUGAUAAUGAAGAAGCAUUGGCAGCAAAAAUGCUCUAUCUGUCUAAAAGAGUAAAUACACUGAAACAGAGGGUAGAAGAAGAAAAUUUGGAGAGGCGUAAAACAAUUUGGAAAGAGCCUGAUAAUAUUUUAGAUGAUUUUCCACUUCUUGAUGAAGAAGAUCUUAGAAACAUAACGUGCGGUGUCUAUCAAAUAAAGCUUAGCACUAGUUACAUUCAGGAACAUCUAGAAGGCAAUUGUCAAAUUCUUGUUCAUAAAGAGGAUGACCAUUUGAUACGUGUGAAACUUCAGAGCCGUCAUGUUUCUUCAAAAACCUACAUCUUGUGGGUAGAAUACACAUCUGCUGAAAUUACUGCAUGGUACUGUAAAUGCAGAGCAGGAGCUCGUGUCGUUGGAGUAUGUGCCCAUAUUGCCUCAAUACUCUGGUAUCUUGGUUAUGCAAGGCAUAAUCAGGAUAUAUCUUAUGGAGUCCAGAAUUGGGGAGCAUAUCUAGAAGAUGCAGCAUCUAUUCCACAAGCCGUAGACGAAAGUGACAGUGAGGAGAGUGUCAUUGAAGAAUAG